CUACAUUUCCCAGCUGACUCUCGUGCGCGCGCCCCUGCUCCAGUGCGGGGGGCGAUUGCAGCAGGCGCUCGCUCCCCGCCGAGCGCUCGUCGCCCGCCGGAGCCUCUGCCAGGGGAUGAGGUGGGAGGCGCUAGAAACCACUUAGCUACAGCCAACCGCCCAAUGCAGCACUCGCUCGCUCCCCCCACCAGCGGAAGCGCCCGCGGAGCACAAUGCAGCACUGAGGCAGCGCCGCGGUGGAGGCUGCAGCGCCUGGGUCGCCACAGCUCGGGUCGGGGCUGGGAGUGGGUGGCCCAGGCUAGCCCCGGGCGCGGGGCGCGGGGCGCGGGAUCCGGACGCGGCUGCCUGGGCAUGAGGAGCUGAGCAUCUCGGGCUAGGCGGGCGGACGGCAGCACCAUGCAGGCGGCGGCAGCGACGGCUGUGUCCGUGCCCUUUUUGCUGCUCUGCACCCUGGGGACCUGUCCCCCGGCGCGCUGCGGCCCGGCAGGAGACGCCUCGUUGACCGAGCUGGAGAGGAGGAACGAAAACCGCUUCCUGGAGCGCCAGAGCAUCGUGCCACUCCGGCUCAUCUACAGCUCGGGUGGAGAAGACGAAACUGGGCACGACGCGCUGGACACGCGGGUGCGGGGCGACCCCAGCAGCGGGCAGUUGACUCAUGUUGACCAGGCAAGCUUCCAGCUGGACGCCUUUGGAACAUCUUUUAUUCUUGAUGUCCUGCUAAAUCAUGAUUUGCUGUCCUCUGAAUAUGUGGAGAGACACAUUGAACACGGAGGGAAGACUGUGGAAGUAAAAGGAGGAGAACACUGUUAUUACCAGGGCCACAUCCGAGGAAAUCCUGCCUCAUUUGUGGCAUUGUCGACAUGCCAUGGACUUCAUGGGAUGUUCUAUGAUGGGAACCACACCUAUCUCAUUGAGCCGGAAGGAAAUGACACCUCCCAAGAGGAUUUCCAUUUUCAUUCCGUUUACAAAUCCAGACUGUUUGAAUUUCCCUUGGAUGAUCUUCCAUCUGAAUUCCAACAAGUAAAUAUCACUCCACCAAAAUUUAUUUUGAAGCCAAGACCAAAAAGGAGUAAACGGCAGCUUCGUCGAUAUCCUCGUAAUGUAGAGGAGGAAACCAAAUAUAUUGAACUGAUGAUUGUGAAUGAUCAUCUCAUGUUUAAAAAGCAUCGGCUUUCAGUGGUACUCACCAAUACGUACGCAAAAUCUGUGGUGAACAUGGCAGAUUUAAUAUAUAAAGACCAACUUAAGACAAGGAUAGUAUUGGUUGCCAUGGAAACCUGGGCGGCUGACAACAAGUUUGCCAUAUCUGAAAAUCCAUUGAUCACACUACGUGAGUUUAUGAAAUACAGGAGGGAUUUUAUCAAAGAGAAAAGUGAUGCAGUUCACCUUUUUUCGGGAAGUCAAUUUGAGAGUAGCCGGAGCGGGGCAGCUUAUAUUGGUGGGAUUUGCUCGUUGCUGAAAGGAGGAGGCGUGAAUGAAUUUGGGAAAACGGACUUAAUGGCAGUUACACUUGCCCAGUCGUUAGCCCAUAAUAUUGGUAUUAUCUCAGACAAAAGAAAGUUAGCAAGUGGUGAGUGUAAAUGUGAGGACACGUGGUCUGGAUGCAUAAUGGGAGACACUGGAUAUUAUCUUCCUAAAAAGUUUACGCAGUGUAAUAUUGAAGAGUAUCAUGACUUCCUAAAUAGUGGAGGUGGUGCUUGCCUUUUCAACAAACCUUCUAAGCUUCUUGAUCCUCCUGAGUGUGGCAAUGGCUUCAUUGAAACUGGCGAGGAGUGUGACUGUGGGACCCCAGCAGAAUGUGUCCUUGAAGGAGCAGAGUGUUGUAAGAAAUGUACCUUGACUCAAGACUCCCAAUGCAGUGAUGGUCUUUGUUGUAAAAAGUGCAAGUUUCAGCCUAUGGGAACCGUGUGCCGUGAAGCAGUAAAUGAUUGUGAUAUUCGUGAAACAUGCUCGGGAAAUUCAAGCCAGUGUGCCCCCAAUAUUCAUAAGAUGGAUGGUUAUUCAUGUGAUGGUGUCCAGGGAAUUUGCUUUGGAGGAAGAUGUAAAACCAGGGAUAGACAAUGCAAAUACAUCUGGGGGCAAAAUGUGAUGUCAUCAGACAAAUACUGCUAUGAGAAACUGAAUAUAGAAGGCACCGAGAAGGGUAACUGUGGGAAAGACAAAGACACGUGGAUACAGUGCAACAAACGGGAUGUGCUUUGUGGUUACCUUUUGUGUAUGAACAUUGGUAAUAUCCCAAGACUUGGAGAACUCGAUGGUGAAAUCACGUCUACUUUAGUUGUACAGCAGGGAAGAACAUUAAACUGCAGUGGUGGGCAUGUUAAGCUUGAUGAAGAUGUUGACCUUGGCUAUGUAGAAGACGGGACACCCUGUGGUCCCAAAAUGAUGUGUUUAGAACACAGGUGUCUUCCUGUGGCUUCCUUCAACUUUAGUACUUGCUUAAGCAAUAAAGAAGGCACUGUUUGCUCAGGAAAUGGAGUUUGCAGUAAUGAGCUGAAGUGUGUGUGUAACAGACACUGGAUAGGUGAAGAGUGCAGCACUUACUUCCCUUACAAUGAUGAUGCAAAGGCUGGCAUUACGCUGUCUGGCAAUGGUGUUGCUGGUACCAAUAUUAUAAUAGGCAUAAUUGCUGGCACCAUUUUAGUGCUGGCCCUCAUAUUAGGAAUUACUGCAUGGGGCUAUAAAAACUAUCGAGAGCAGAGACAGUUACCCCAGGGAGAUUAUGUAAAAAAGCCUGGAGAUGGCGACUCUUUUUAUAGCGACAUUCCUCCUGGAGUCAGCACAAACUCAGCAUCUAGUUCUAAGAAGAGGUCAAAUGGACUUUCUCAUUCUUGGAGUGAAAGGAUUCCAGACACAAAACAUAUUUCAGACAUCUGUGAAAAUGGACGACCUCGGAGUAACUCUUGGCAAGGUAACCUGGGAGGCAACAGAAAGAAAAUCAGAGGCAAAAGAUUUAGACCUCGGUCUAAUUCAACUGAGAGGGAGCCCCAAGCACCUGAGCCUGGGCACUCCCUCGCCCAGACAGUCCCAUCCCAAGGCAUAAGCUCAGGGGGCUCUGACAGCCCCCAGACAGGGAGUCUGGAUCACAGGACUUUAUCUCCUGCCAAGUCUCCUUCUUCGUCAACUGGGUCUAUUGCUUCCAGCAGAAAAUACCCUUAUCCAAUGCCUCCCCUUCCUGACGAGGAGAAGAAAGUGAACCGACAAAGUGCCAGGCUAUGGGAGACAUCCAUUUAAGAUCAGCUGUUUACAUGUGAUACAUCGAAACUGUUUACUUCAACUUUUAUACAAACCCAGCCUCAUGGAAUCACUGCAAAUCUAUCUGCUCUUCAGACAAUUCGAAAACAUCUCUGAGAAGCCACAGAGGAGAGGAAGCCAAGCUUCACAUCUGGAUACCAUUUUCUUUUUGUCAUUGGCUUAGGAUUUAACUGAACCAUGAAAAGGACUACUGAAAUGUUACACUAUAACAUGGAACAACAAAGGUCCUGGUAUGUUAAUCCGCAUGACAGAUAUAUGUAGAACUAUCACUAAAAUUAACUCACAUGACCCAAAUGUAGCAAGUUACCAAGGGACAAUAGUGGAUUCAGAACUUGACAUUCUGAAGCACAUCCUCAUUGUAGAAAGUCAGUAAUGCUAUGUGCAUGAAGCUUCUGUUUCUUGUUUUCGACAUUUAAGGAAACAACAUCCCUAAUAGAAACUAGCAUGCAGGGCUAAGGCAUAUAGGAUUUCUUCUACAGGACUUUAAAGCUUGAGAGGCCGAUAUCCCAUAUGCUAACUGUAAACAUGUAUUUUUCUUUUUUCUUUUUUUACUUUUCAUAUUUAUAUCAGCAUACAAGGACAAUUGUACAUAUGUAAACAUUUUAAAAUUAAAAAAAAAAAGCAGCUGUUACACACAAGUGUAUUUUGCCAAAUGCCUAAAAACAAUCAGUCACAGUCACGUCAUUGUCAUCCAUCAACUGUUCUUUAAAGAUUAUAAUCGGAUGAUGUUGUAAAUACCGUGAUCAGGGCUGUAUGUGUGUCUCCCCUUAAUUGAUGUUUGUCCAAACCAUGUGCUAGCCUUUUAAAGUGUGCACAGUCUGGAGGUAGUUUUAUUGAACAAGAAAACAAAAUGUCAACCAAACUUAGGGCCUCCACAGUUUGCUUCCUGCCUCCAGGUGCUCUGCUGCCUGUUGGCUGGCCCCUGGGGAUCCUCCAGCAGGUCCAUCUUCUUUCUGGGGGCUACAGUGCCUGCCUCAGCAGCUGUUCUUUUUCGGUACCAGAGCACAUCUGCUAGUCUCACCCCAGGGGGCCUGUGAGCCCCACAGCAGUGUGUCCUGCUGAGAUCAAACAAGUGCACCAAAGACACAGGAGACCACGGCUGCUAAUGCGUUAGUAACUCCCACCUUGCCAAUACUCCAACCCUUUGUGGCCUAAACUUUUGUUCUUUAAAAAAACUUUUUAGCCACCCUUAUCUGUGAUGUGAAUGACUUGUUUAAAAAAAAUAACUUUUACACAGUUUAUUAAGGGUAUUUAUCAUCAGUGGGAUGUGAGUCCCAACAAGUCAUUCUGCACUGAUUUGUAAAUAAGACAUGGACGGUUCUACAAGGUGGGCUGGGAAGCCUCAACAGGCCACAGAGGGUUCAAAGAAACCUAAAACCACAAAAGUGAGCAACUGUGAAGUUACCCAAACAGCUGGCACGGGGAAGAAUCUGAUGUCCUGAACUAUUUUUUUUUUUAAUCCAUAGAAAAGUGAGAAAUCUAUGUUAAAUCCCCCUCUUUAAAACCAAAGUUCCAUAACUAUCAUCAUGCGGCUCUAUCAUUCUUAAAGAAAAUUUCUCUCCAGAGGCUAACUUAGUGAGCUCAGAAAUGGAUGGGAUCAAUCAAAUGCUUCAAUGGGACGAGUACUUCUGAAUUUCCAUAUUUUCUUUCCUUUUUCUUGAGAGGAAUGAAAUCUGCAGACAAGAUUUCAGAAAUAUCCUCUACGUUUGAUCUCUCCCAGUAUUGUCCGAGAACAAAACCCAUUUCAUCUCUUAAGUAUAAUCAUCUUGGAGUCCCAAACUGAAGGGCCCCAUUAGAAGGCAGCAUUUUCUACUCUAUCUGUUUAUGUCUUCUAUAAUGGACCUCUCUUCUGAAAGUCUUUGAAAACAUUUGUAAAGCAAUUUAAUUAUCCCAAAUGAUACCGUAUAAGCAGCAUUUUUCAUGACAGGAAGGGAUGUGAUUGUCGAGACCACAAUAAAUGAUCCAUCAGACACAAGUUUGAGUGGGUGUUGGGUGAUGUUGCCACAUGGCUCAAACUAAGGACAGGAGGGCAGACAGAUUUAAAGAUGUAGCAAAUAAAGUGGCUUUUGACCAAGAUCACUUUAAUGUGCACUGAAUGUUUUCUGGUACUGAGUGUAUAAAAGCUAAUGUUAGAAGUUUUAUUUUGACUAUAAAAGAGUUUAUAGAUUUGAAUGUAAGGUACCUCAUGUAAAUAUGCUUCCUAGUUAUGGUUACACAUCCCUCAUUUGAAAGAAUCCACAAAGGAUUAGCCAUGUAGUCAAUGAAUCCCCUUUACCUUUCUCACUCUUUCCUCAUCUUCUCAAUUUAUUUUUACAUGAAGAUUAUUAUUUCAAGUGAAAAUCAUUAUUUGUGCCUUUGGGAGACAUGGUUGCUCUAGACGUAUACAGUUUAUAGUCAUCUUCCUCGAUAAUAACCUUCAUAUGGAACUGAAUGAAAAGUGUUUCGUUUGCAGAGAGACUACGAUUUUAUAGUACUUUUAAUGUUUUAUUCUCGAUUCUAUUCAAUCUAGGAGUGUAUAAACAUCCUUACAGCCAUUUGCAGCAUUCUUUGACACAUAUAUAAUUUCAGUGGUGAGUAGUGAGAAUUCCCUAUAUGUGUACUCACGGUUGGCGUUCUAGAUGUAUUGAAUCUAAAUAUUUAUGACUGUUCAUCCACUGAGACAAAGAGAAUGGAGCCAUGGCAGUAAACACAAGCACAGCAUUCUUCUUUUUUUUUAGUAUCUAUUUUGGAGAGGAACUUUGAGGCCACAUAGCAGUCUGCAUCAUAAAACUAAUGUUUAUACCCCUCAGUCAACUAUAGGACCAUUAUGAAAAGCAGAGAAAAGCAAAUUUUGGCCUUUGUGUCCCAUUGUAUGCCUUUUCCCUCUCUUUCUAAAGUUUUGUGCAUACAUAAGUCUUCAGAUCGGACAACUCUGCAGCCUGAGAUAUUCAAUCUAUCCAUAGUCAUUACAGUGUAAUAUGCUCUGAUUUAAAGCAACAGAGGGUUCUCCACUAAGAGUGUCAACAGAGGUGUGGUAUCACGGAGCCCUGAAGGAACUUACUAGUCAGAUGAACUGGCUCCGUGUUCAGCCACUCUUUAGGGAGGAAGUGGCGUACUCUUCUGGAGUCUCCCAGUUAGAAAGUGGCCCGCAUGCCACAAGCAAUCUGUGGAAAGGGAUAAACUGCUCAAACAUUGCAGCAUUAGGAAGGCUUGCAAUAUGUGGUUGCUGUAUUUUUUUUUUUUUAAAGAAAUACAGUGCUUUUCCUUAAAAAAAAAAAAAGUUGACUAAUAAAGUAAAUGUAAGGUUAAAAUGCCAAAGCUAUUUUUCAGCUUGAUAUGUAGGUGCUUUAAGUGAUACUACAGUUUCUCUCUCCUGCCUACUGCCCCACCCCCUUGCUUUGAAAAGGCUUUCCAAAUUGUGUUAUUACAUAAAGUCAAUCUAGCAUAGAUUUCUGAGUGUAAGAUUGAUAGGGUUUCUAAAAGAAGUUGCUGAAAAGAUAAAAUCAGGUACUGUGUGCACUUCCACAGAAAGACUAUGUUUGAAUUCCCAGUCUUGCAUCUCUUUUUUCUGUUGAUCCCCUUGAAGUUUUGCAUAAUUUAAUCCUGUCCAUUGUCUCAGAUCUCUUGUGGCUCCUUUACCUUUUAAGAUUUUCUCCUUUACUUUUUAUAGUUACCUAUGACCCAGAGGAAAUACUUUAUUUUUGUUCAUUUUUAGUGUUUCAAAAUCAUUUGCUCAUUUAUUGAUCUUAGCCCUUCUUCAUAUCCUGUUGUCAUGUAAUUCUAUGUUAACAUAUGUAUUUCAGUUCAGUUCAGUCGCUCAGUCGUGUCUGACUCUUUGCGACCCCAUGAAUCGCAGCACGCCAGGCCUCCCUGUCCAUCACCAACUCCCGGAGUUCACCCAAACUCAUGUCCAUCGAGU